AUGGAGCUGGCUGCUGAGAGUGUCGACAAUGACACCAGAGGAUGGAUCAUGUGCGUUGUCAGUGGCAUAGCAUGCGUAUUUGGCGCUUCGAUUGUUUGCGUCGACUUCCUUGUCCGCCUCAUUCCAGGCAAGCGCAACUUUCGCAUCCAGGACAGCAACGUCUUCCUGGCGAGUUCGCUGUCUCUGAGCUUCGGCGUCAUGAUGUUCUCCGCAUUGUACAGCAUGCUGCCCGAGUCAAAAGACUACCUCAAAAAGGACGGCUGGGAUGAUCUGUCGGCGGGCUUGGUCAUCAUGGCUUGCUUCAUUGCAGGCUUCUUUGGCAUCCAGGCCGUUUCGCGUCUUCUACACCGGCAUAUCCCCUCCCACGUUGUCGAUUGUGACCACACACAUGACGAUCGGCCCCCACAGGACGGUCAGUUGUGUAACCAUGACCGCAGACAAUCCAGGGUUAGCCGAGCCCGCAGACGACUAUCCCGGCCGCGCUCGUCCCAAGCACUCGCUGCCAACAAGCUGGCUGCCGUCGACCAGGGCCCUGGAAACGGGUUCGCACCCGCCGCCGAGUCGACACCUCUCCUGCCGUCGUCGACGGCCGAGCCGGAUGUGAAUGGAUCCCAUCAAUCGCAGAAGAGGCAGGCCUCAGUUCGAGGUGAUGAAUCGUCGCAACGGGCUGCCAGUCCCUUGGUCGCUGUGCGCCACCGCGCGACAACCGAUCUGGAAGCCGUCCCUCGUCGCCCGUCAAUGUACGACGUCCAGAAGCGUCUCAUGUCAUUUGUCAAGGACACCAAAUGUAAUUGCGACGAGGGAGGUUCCUGUUACGGCUACACGGAUCCUUGUGGCCAGGAAUGCUUCAAACACCUCUCCACACGAACGUCUCAGCGGUCUUCGCACAGCGGCCCCCGCCAAUCUGUCCUGUUGCGAACUAGCACAGGCCCGUUCUACCCUCAUUCCGCGUCUUUGUUCCACGGCGCCGACGGCCACGACCACGGGUCCCAACUUGACCGACCCGUCAGCCCCCUCUUUCAAACAAGCAGGGCCGCGUCCCGAGAGCAGCUGCUGUCGCCCACCGACGAAGAGACUGAACUGGAAACCGGCCCUUACUCUUGCUGUCCAUCCGUCAAGCAGGAUGAGGAAGAUGUCCAAGGUCAACAGCACCACCAUCACGUCCCUGCCAACGCCUUCCUCUCCAUCGGUCUGCAGACCUCCAUCGCCAUUGCCCUUCACAAGUUUCCCGAAGGCUUCAUCACCUACGCCACCAACCACGCCAACCCUGCUCUCGGCUUCAACGUCUUCAUGGCCUUGUUUGUUCACAACAUCUCGGAAGGCUUUGCAAUGUGCCUACCCCUGUACAUGGCUCUCGGAUCCCGCUGGCGCGCCAUGGCGUGGUCCGCCGUUCUCGGCGGGCUCUCCCAGCCUGUAGGCGCCGGCCUGGCUGCGCUGUGGUUCAAGCUGGCGCAGCGGUCCAACAUUGCGCCAAACGCCGUAGUGUACGCGUGUUUGUUUGCGAGCACAUCGGGCAUCAUGGUCAGCGUGGGAUUGCAGUUAUUCGUCGAGGGCUUGAGCCUGAACCACAAUCGAAACUUGUGCAUCUUCUUUGGUUUCUUGGGUAUGGCGUUGCUGGGACUGAGCAACGCAUUGUUUGCGGCGCACUAG